AGUUCGAUACAAUUAUCAUCGUCGCCGGCUCCACUCGCCUCCUCCAAGAGUCGAACCCCCAAAACCCUAAACCCAUGGCGCCGCUCGCCCCCUCCGCCGGCGCCCGCCUCCUCCGCCGCCUCCUCUCCACGGCUGCCGAGGUAGCACGGGAGGCGGCGCACCCCGCCGCGAAGAACCCGAAGAGAGCGGCACGCCCCGUCGGGAAGCGGGCGGCGCGCGCCGUCGCCCCCCAGGACGCGAAGGUGGCGGCGCAUCCCGCGGCAGAGCCGGCGCCGGACGCGGAGGGCGCGAAGAAGGCGGCGGCGGCGGGGACCAAGGACUCGCGCCCGCUGUACCGUCGGCUGUCGGCGCUGGGGAACGCCGGGGAGGGGAGCGUGUCCGCGGUGCUCAACAAGUGGCUACGGGAGGGGCGGGAGACGCGCUCCGUCGAUCUCGAGCGCUACGUCAAGGAGCUCCGCAGGUACAAGCGCCAUUCCCAGGCCCUCGAGUUGAUGGAUUGGAUGGUUCAUACAAAGGGUAUGAACAUGUCUUACACUAACCAUGCAAUUCGUUUGGAUCUCAUCUACAAAGUGCGUGGCCUCGAGGCAGCUGAAAAAUAUUUUGAAGGCCUUCCUGAUCCAGCCAAAAACCAUCGAACCUUUGGGGCACUUCUGAACUGUUAUUGCUCAUCGAAAGAGGAAGAGAAAGCAACAGACCUUUAUCGCAAGAUGGAUGAGCUAGGCAUCUCAUCCAGUACUCUGCCCAUCAACAAUCUGAUGUCCCUGUACAUGAAGUUAGGCCAGCAUAAGAAGGUUUGCAGCCUGUUUGAGGAGAUGAAGGAGAAGAAUGUUAAACCAGAUAACCUGACGUGCUGCAUUCUGAUGACCAGCUUGGCGGCAUUGAACAAAAUAGAUGACGUUGAACAAGUUUUAAAAGAAAUGGAAGAAAAGGAUGGGGUUCUAGGGUGGUCUGCAUACAGCACACUGGCUUCCAUCUACCAGAGUGCUGGUUUGGUUGAAAAAGCAGAGUCUGCUCUGAAGAAACUUGAGGGCCUUGUUCAAGAUCGUGAUGGCAGGCAGCCUUUUGAUUUCCUCAUGAGUCUAUAUGCUUCCGUAGGCAAUUUGAGCGAGGUCAAGAGGGUGUGGGGCGUGGUUAAGGCCACUUUCCCAAAGGUGACAAACACGAGCUACUUCAGCAUGCUGCAGGCUCUUCUUAAGCUCAAUGAUGCCGAUUACAUGAAGCAGGUCUUUGAGGAAUGGGAGUCCAAUCAUGAGUUCUAUGAUGCCAAACUGACUAAUGUGAUGACUCGAGCCCAUCUGAAGAACGGCAUGGCCAAGGAAGCGGAGCUGUUGUGGGAGAAGGCCAAGGAAAAGGGUGCCUGUUUCGACUCCAAAACAUGCGAGUUGUUUCUCGAUCACUACAUGGUGGCAGGGGACAUGAAAUCAGCGCUGAACUGGGUCGAGAAUGUGACGAAGCUCCCCAAGAAAACAGCAAAGCUAGACCAGGACAAGAUCCCCAAGUUCUCCAAGUACUUCGAAGAGCAGAAGGACGUGCAGGGUGCGGAGAGGUUCUGCCGCUGCCUGAGGGCGCUCGGGUGCAUCGACGGCAAAGCGUACGAGUCCCUCCUGCGGACUUAUCUGGCGGCUGGCGAGACGAGCCGCUCCCUCCGGCAGCAGAUCAAAGACGACAAGAUCGAGAUAUGCUACGACAUUGGGAAGCUGCUGAAGAGGUUGGGCGACAAGGGGCGGUGAAAUGGUACUUACCUAUUUGUGCCCCUAGUUUACAUCGGUGGUUUCUUCCAUGAACGAAUAACAUAAAGCAGAAAUUGUAGGUGAGAAGUGUUGCCGGCCCUUGUUCUGGCUCAUCGAAGUUUGGUGCUUUUGCAAGAAGAAGCAGAACUAGGCCGGAGCAAAGGAUUUUUUGUGCUAGCACAAGUUUUAGUCUAUCUCCGAGAGGGCUUUCUCCUACACUUAUUCUUUUUUCUUCUUCUUUUGUAUGUAUUGGUUGUUUCAGACUUUGAGUACUGGAGCAAGGAUGCUACUACAGGAUCGUUUCUUAUUC